AUGGAGGCCGAGAUCAAGGCCGCCAUUCCCAACAUCGACCCCGUGGUCUCGGCGUACUCGGCGGGCUACCUCAACCAUGCCUCGCUGGCGUGGUCCGACGAGAGUGGUGAAGGCGUCGAGGCCGUCUCGCCGCUCGCCGAAGCCGCGCACGCCAUUACCGAGCUGCUGCUUUCGGCCUCUGAAAAGUCGGACCGCACAUCCCAGGACAAGAUCAAGGCCCUCGUCGAGAAGUGGGUGCAAAAGUACGCUGUGGUCAACGGCGGCGAGCGCCACGGGCCGCUGGCUGUCCGCCGCCUGGACCAGACCAUCCAGGUCAGCACGCAGCGCAACAUGUCGUCGACUCUGGCCGUCGCCAGCGGCGGUGUCGACCUCGAGUCGGCCAACGCCCGCAAGGUCGAGUCCAAGGUCGACCGCAAGAAGCUCGAAAAGGCCGAGCGCAAGAUUGCCGUCAAGCAGCAGAAGAAGCAGUACAAGAAUGUCGAGUAUGAGGCCUCGCGGCUGCUCGACCAGGCAGACCCCGCGCAGUCGUACGAGGAGUUUUACAUGGCCGUCAACCCGCUCCAGAUUGGCAACGCCGGCGCCAACAAGACCAAGGACAUUAAGCUCGACAACAUUGAUGUCUCGAUUGGCGCCCAGCGCAUCCUCACCGACACCACCCUUACGCUCGCUUACGGCCACCGUUAUGGUCUGGUUGGUAACAACGGUGUCGGUAAAUCCACGCUCUUGCGAGCCUUGUCGAGGCGUGAAGUCGCCAUUCCCACUCAUAUUUCCAUUCUCCACGUCGAACAAGAACUCACUGGUGACGACACGCCUGCUAUUCAGGCCGUCCUCGAUGCCGAUGUUUGGCGCAAGGUGUUGAUGCGAGAACAAGAAGAGCUCAUGGCAGGUCUGGCCGAGUUGGAGAUUAAGCGUGCGCCCCUCGCCGAUACGUCAGCAGACGCUGCCAAACUGGACCGCGAAAAGGAAACCAUGGACACAAAGCUUGGUGAUGUCCAGGGCAAGCUCGCCGAAAUGGAAUCCGACAAAGCCGAGUCCCGCGCUGCCAGCAUUCUCGCUGGUCUCGGCUUCUCUGCUGAGCGCCAGCAGUUUCCCACAAAAACCUUCUCUGGUGGUUGGCGCAUGCGUCUGGCUCUUGCACGAGCCCUGUUCUGCGAGCCCGACCUGCUACUUCUCGACGAACCGUCCAACAUGUUGGACGUCCCCUCCAUCACUUUCCUUUCCACAUACCUCCAAGGCUACCCCAGCACCGUCCUCGUCGUCUCCCACGACAGAGCGUUCCUCAACGAGGUCGCGACCGAUAUUAUUCACCAGCACUCCGAGCGUCUUGACUACUACAGAGGAGCCAACUUUGACUCCUUCUACGCUACCCGUGAAGAGCGCAAGAAGAUUGCCAAGAAGGAGUACGAGAACCAGAUGGCGUUCCGCGCGCAUCUGCAGGCCUUUAUUGACAAGUUCCGAUACAACGCCGCCAAGUCUUCCGAGGCGCAGUCCCGUAUCAAGAAACUCGAGAAACUCCCAGUGCUGGAGGCUCCAGAGGCCGAAUACAGUGUCAAGUUUGUGUUCCCAGACGUGGAGAAGCUGUCACCUCCCAUUAUUCAAAUGUCCGAGGUCUCUUUCGGUUACACUCCAGACAAGGUCCUGCUGCGCGAUGUGGAUCUCGACGUUCAGCUCGACUCUCGUAUUGGUAUUGUCGGACCCAACGGUGCUGGUAAAACUACUGUGCUGAAGUUGCUCAUUGGCAAGCUGCAGGCACUGAGUGGUAUCAUUUCGGCCAACUCGCGCCUGCGCAUUGGUUUCUUUGCCCAGCAUCACAUUGACGCUUUGGAUCUGACGGUCAGUGCCGUCUCCUUCAUGGCCAAGAUGUACCACGGAAAGUCGGACGAGGAGUAUCGCCGCCAACUCGGCGCGUUUGGCAUCACCGGCACGACUGGCCUGCAAAAGAUGGAAUACCUUUCCGGAGGUCAAAAGUCGAGAGUAGCGUUUGCCUGCCUGGCCCUCACGAACCCGCACAUCCUCGUUCUCGACGAACCUUCGAACCAUCUUGAUAUCGAGGCCAUGGACGCGCUGGCCGAGGCACUCAACGCCUUCCAGGGCGGUGUGCUUAUGGUCUCCCACGACGUGACGAUGCUGCAGAUGGUGUGCACGUCGCUGUGGGUGUGCGAUGGCGGCACGGUAGAGAAGUUUGACGGCGACGUGAACCAGUACAAGAAGAGAAUAUCAGCACAGGCCGAUGCAUCCGGUGUUGUGAAGCAGCACUGA